AUGGAAAAUAAUAUUUCUUUGCCACUAUCAAAGAAACAAAAAAAAGAGGAAGCUUUACAAGAACUACUAAAAAUUCGACCUGAUCUUAAAGGAAAAAAAGUUUAUUUUUUUCCAACUUUAAAUAAGUAUUUUGAGGGCAUUCUUACAUAUAAUACUAAAGAAAAAAGAUCACAAAUAUAUUGUAUGAAAAAAGAACAAAAUUUUGAAACCUUUUCACAAUGGAUUAAUUCUUUAAAAAAUCGAGGAUUUUUUAAAGGAAAUAAAUCAGCUAUUGCUACAAUUUUUUUGGAACCAAACCCCACAAGUCCACCGAUUGCAUCUAUUUUACGUGAACCUGAUUAUAAAUUAUAUUGGAAAAAAACAAAUUUAGUAUAUAAUUCAGAUAUUUUUCAAGCUAUUCAAGAAAAAGUUUUACCUGGAAAAGAGUUUUCUGGAAUAACAAUACAAGAAAUUAAUGAUGGGCUCGAAUUCUGUUUUCCAAUAAAAAAACAAUUAUCAACAAAAAUAUUAAGAAUAUUUUCUAAAAGUGGAUUGCAUAGUUAUGAGAUUUAUAUAUUUAAUAAAAUAGUAAAAGAAAUUUAUCUUCCGUUUUCAACUAAAGCAAUAAAAAGAACUCUCGAUGAUAUAAUUAAAAUUAUUAAUUAUGUUUUUUCUGUUAAUAUAUGUUGUGGACAAAGUACAAAUGAUGUAACAAAAAUUCGUGGUAAUCAACUUGUUAGUAAUAAAAAAGAUCAUACACCUUUUGCAUUAAUGGAAAAUAUAGGAUUGUCUAAUGAAAUAUAUAGAAGAAUAGACUGUACAUUAAUAGUUAAGGAAAAUUUUAUAUGUGAAAAUUGUUCAAAAUUAAAAAAAGUAAUAGAACAAAUUCAACGAAGAAGUUUAUUAGGAGUUACUUCUAAAAAAACUAUACAUGCUUCAAAAGAAAUUUUAAUAGAAAAAAUUAACAUACAACAAAGAAUUAUUAAAAAACAAAAUGAGUUAAUUUCCAAUUUAAAAGAUUAUUUAGAUAAAAAAAUCAGAAAUGAAGAAAACGAAGUUUCAAAUGAAAUUGCCAAUGUUGUUUAUACUGUUUCUAAAAAAGUAGAGAAUAAAAAUAUAGAUAUUUCAAAUUAUCAUCCUAUUUUUCAAGAACUUGUUCGUGCUCAAACUGGAAAAUCCAAAGGAACAAAAUAUCAUCCAAUGUUUAUAAGAUGGGCCAUAUCUAUAUACUGCAAAUCAGGUCAUGCAGCUUAUGAUACCAUGAAAAUGAUAAUGCGUUUACCUUCAAUUUCAACACUUAAAAAUUAUAUAAAUGAAAGUGAACAAAAUUCAGGAUGGCAGGAUAAAACUGCAUCUCAAUUAUUAUCUAAUUUAUCAAUAAAUAAUAUUUGGGGAUAUGGAAGGAUAGGAUUAUUAUGGAACCAACGUAAAAAUUGUUAUGUUGGUUAUUUGGAUUUUGAAAAUGAAAUGGAUGAAUAUCAAGAAUUUGCAUUACAAUGUAAACAUGAAAUAGAAUCAGUAACAAUAGAAAAUAAUUCUAAACUUAAUUAUAUUUCAACUAAUCAACAAAAGUACAACCUUGCAACACAAGUACAUCAAUUUAUUUGGCACUCGAUAACACAUAACUUUUCAUUUCCAAUAUCUUAUUAUGGAAUUAAUAACAUAACACCACAUAAUUUAAAUACUUUAAUUUUUGAGUUAGCUGCAAAAUUAGAGUGUAUAGGAGUACACACAUUGGGUUCAUUAUGUGAUGGAGCAGGGGAAAACCGAGUUCAUAUAAAAAGUUUUGAUUGGUAUGCAUCAAAAUGGACAAAUGGUGAUAUUGUAGAAGUUAAUUUUAAUAAAGAUAAAAAAUCUUUUCAUGUAGCAAAAAUUAUAGAUAGUAAUUUUAAAAAAACAAGAUUUACUGUAAUGUCACUUGAAAAUAAUGAGAUAAUUAACAUUGAACGAAUAUUUAUUCGUCAACCAAUGUUACCAAAAUUGGAAUGGAAGAUAAAUGAUUUGUGUGAGUUUAAAAAUCCAAAAGAUAACCAAUGGUAUUUAGGAAAGAUUGUUGAUAGUAAUUCACUUGAUCUAAUUGUAGAAAUUCCUGGAAUUAUAGAAAGAUGGAAAGUCUUUAGUCAAUGCAGUAAUAAUUUCCUUCGACCCAUUUACAAUAAUCAAGAAAUUUCAACAUGUCAUAAAACAAUAAAUCCAAUCACUGGAGAGGAUUGGUUUUUUAUUAGUGACCCUACACAUGUAUUUAAAAAACUUAGAAAUAAUUUAUCAAAAAGUCAUACUGCUGAAAAAAAUACACGAGAAAUAAUGUUUAAUGGAAAAGAAAUUAGUUGGAAACAUAUAAAAGGGGUGUAUGAUCACACAAGUAAACAUGCAACAGCAAAAGCAACAAAACUUACCAAACGUCAUAUAUGGCUUACAUCAUGGAGUAAAAUGCGUGUUGAUUUAGCAGAACAUACUUUAUCAAAAGAAGUAGAAGAUGCAUUAGCAUCCAUUGAAGAAUUGAAGGAAAUUUCUGAAGGAACAAGAUCUUUAAAUGAUGAACGUCUUUACACUUUAAAAGAAAUUCGAGAUUGGUUUAUAUGUGGUGAUAAACAAAAAUCAGGAUCGAAGGCAUGGAUCUCAGCACAAUGCCAAUUUGAUUUAAUUUUGUCUAUCAAUGGUUUUAUUGGAAUGCUAGAAUUUUUAUUAAAAAAAUAUCCGGGAUCUAUAAUUCAACCUAAGCGCAUUUCUCAAGAUAUGCUUGAGGGACUUUUUGGUACAAUCCGUGAACUUGGUGGAGAUUCUUCUACACACACACUUAAAUCGUAUGGGCAUUCUUUAAACAAAUAUCAAAUAACAUCAUUAUUUUCAGCAGAGGUAAAAAGUGUUAAUUAUGGAAGUGCAAAUUGUAUUGGAAGUGGAGUUUCUACUUUAGCAAGAAGAGACUAUCGAGACAAUAAAAGAAAAUUUUUAGAUGAAAAAGAAAAUAGUUGUUUUUAUCAAAAACAUCAUAUUAGAUUGGCACAAUUAUCACCUUUCUCUUAUAAAAUCUUUGAUGAUCUUCUAUCUGAUAAUUUAAUUAUGGGGAAAAUAGGUAUUUCAUUAGAAUUAUAUAAUGAAAAUAUUAAUCACGAAAAUUUUAAAGUUUCGCAACUUCAAAAAGAACGGCAUGAUCUUAUAGAAGAUAUUAUUUACCAUAAUUCUAUUGAUGAAUUACUGAGAAAAUGGAAAGAUAUAAUCACAAAAAUGGCCUGUGAAGCAAUUCCAAAAAGAAUAGGAGUCCAGUGGUUAACAAAUUGGAGUUCUCAACUUGAAAUCAACAUAAACAAUUAUCAAUGCUCAGGAAUUUGGUAUCAAGAUUUUCUUACAACAAUUAAUUUAAAUGGUUCAUCAAGCCAAAGACUUGUUGCAUUCUUGCUUUUGCAAAAAGUAAUCAAGCUAACAUUUAGCAAAAAUACAAUGCAAAAUAAUUUAAACAAUUAUCAUUCUGCGGAUCCCAAUUUAAUUCCAAAUAAAAUAAUUAUUUUAGAAUCAGCCGAAGCAUCAAAAUUCUCCUAUAUUGUUGGAUGGAUCAUUUACAAGCUAAUCAAAAGUGAUUAUAUGAUGAAAUCACAUCCUAAAUUCGAAGCUAUAUGCACUCAUUUUAAGGUUCUUAGCUCGGAACAAAUUGUAUAUGAACGAGAUGUACGAUCACAGAUAACAAAUGUGAUACCUGGUCAAGAUUUCUUGAAUUUUAUGUAUAAAUUGGAAUCACUAGUACUAUUAUUAUUUGAAAAACAUGAAGAACUUGGUCCCAAUAUUCUUUUAUAUAUACAUAAUAGUUUAUUAAAUAAUUUAUUAUUACUGGAAACUUUUAUUACAAUCUUUGACAUUUCAAGUCAAAUACUUAAUACACAUGAUCCUACAAAUAUUGAAAAAUAUGAAAUAACAGAAGAAACUAAGAAAUUUAUCUAUAAGCAAAUUAUUUCUAUCUAUAUGAGGAGCAGACAAAAGUCUUGGAGAAGAUUCAAUGAGCUUAUUCCUGAAAAGGGAACAUCAAGUCUUCGUGAGAAUCUUAAAGCCAUGAAAAAAGAUACUAAAAAAAUUGAAAAUAAUCUAUCAUCAAUAAAAAAAUCUAAUAUUCCAAAAGAACCUACAUUUGGAUUAAACCAGCUUCAAAUAUGGGCACACCUGGAGAGUGCUGAGGAAGAAUUCUCUAAAAUAUUUUUAGUGAGUGAAUUACAAUGGUUGCUUUGGGCAUUUGGAGAUAAUUCAAGAAAUAAACGAAAAAAGAACUUAAUACCUUUAAUUUUAGAACAUUUAAAAAAAGGUACAUCUUUUUCUGAGGAAGCUUUAAUGAAGGAACAAAUUUUUAUGUAA